AUGUUAAGCUAUGGUGUGCUUGUGAAUUGUGUGUUCCUGUUAUUACUGCUACGUGUGCUGUGCAUCAAAGCCUCGUCCACAUUAGGCUCACAAUACGCCAACUCUGGACACAUCUCCAACUCCGGCUCCGGAGUCAUAACCCGACAAAGUAUUAUAGUCUCACUGCGAGCCGCUAUACUAUUACUGCCUCUCUAUGGCCUCCACUAUCUGUUUGUCGUCUACAGACCUAAUAUUGAGAACUGUUGGUUUUCAGAAGUUUAUCACUAUUUAUCGCUUACACUCGACGGACUACAAGGCUGUGCCGUUUCCAUUAUAUUCUGUUUCGCCAACAAUGAGAUACGGUAUCUAUUGACACGAUCUUUAGAGAGGGUGAGCACCAGACAGAGGAGUACAACCAUUUAUAUGACUGAAGUGGUGGCCACUCAACACAACUGAGAUAUAUUUUGAAUGUCAUUUUCACGCAACUAUUUUGUCCCUUUAGCCACUCAUAUGCGAAACCAAUUCAUUAGUUUUGAAACGAGAAUUUUUAUUUAAUUAGUCAAAUGUCACACAAUAUUCAUUAAGAGUCAAAAAUCUUGUUUCUAUCUAGUAUA